AUGGGAGUUUUUUAUGUUGUUAACAUAGGUGGUAAAGAAGAACCUCUUUUCCUAUUUUGGCUUCCAGUAGAAAACUUUAUUACAAACGAAGAUGAAGAACCAAAAUACAGACCUGUUGGAUUAUAUUAUAUGAGACCUGUUGGAUUGUAUUAUAUGAAUAUAGAACAAGAUAUGAAGGAGCAUGUAGGUAGAUGCACAGCCAAAGCGUCAGUUCUAGAAAGAUUUUCAUCUGUAAUAUCUAUGUAUUAUAUCGUGGUCGGUGUACUAGCGGGAAUAUCUAGGACGACUGGAUUGCACACUUGUGAAGAUUGGCCGUUUAUACCAUUAUUAUUGACUUGGACGAUUCCAGCACUCAUCAGAAGAAUAAAAUCUGGAAACUUGGUAGUCAAGCACCCUAAAGAUGAACUUGAAGGUUUAACAAUAAAGAUAGUUAAAGAUCUGGAUAAUAGAAGACGUAAACGUGUUACCGUUACAUUUAUGUCACGACAAUCUGUGCCAUAUGGUCAUUUAAUAGCCUUUUAG